GCUACAAACAAAAUCAAAAAACAACCAAUUAAGUUAACCAAAUGAUAUUGCAGAUUUCAAAGCUUUACUUAUUACAAAGUUCAAAUUAAAAUUAAAAUGCUAUGUAUUAGGAAUUUUAAACGCCUCAGUGUAUUUAAUGAUGCGAUUUAUAAAUGUGUUUUAUGCCCCCGAUUCGAAACUCAGGCUUUUGAAAAUGAAGUAGGCCUACCUAUGAAAAGGCUCAAUAGGCCCAUAAAUGAUACACUCAAAAUACCGACUAGACUCUAUUCAAAGAAAGUGAAAACCACAUCUCAUGGUGCAGCUGAAAAACAUAAUUUAAAAGAGAAAACUCUCCAAGGGGGUGUCACCAUUACUGAUGUUGUAGUUGGAAAUGGCUCACCUGCUAAAAGCGGAAGUACGGUUACAGUGUACUAUAGUGGUAAACUGAGAGACACAAACAAACAGUUUGAUGCAAUGACUAGUGGCAGAGGGCUGACAUUUCACAUUGGAAAAGGAGAAGUAAUCGAUGGCUGGGAUGUCGGACUCGUUGGCAUGAAAGUGGGUGGAAAACGAGUCAUCACUUGUCCUCCAGACAUGGCAUAUGGAGCUGAAGGAUAUCCACCCAAGAUACCAUCUAAUAGCACUCUCGUCUUUGAAGUUGAACUAAAGGCUGUCAAAUAAACUAACACAAUGUGUUCUAAAAUAACAAACAUUUAUUAUAAUACAACAAUAUAAACUA